GUUAUUUUCUUUUUCUUUUAAUAAACAUGGCGAAAAGUAUCAGAAGCAAGUGGAAAAGAAAAUGCCGUGCUGUAAAACGGGAAAGAUAUGGUGCAAAGGAAUUGGAUAGAUUAAAGAAAACCUUGGCUAAUAGUACGAGUACAACUACAAAAAAGACAGCAAACGUCAUUGAUAUCGAAACUAUAGCAAACGUUAAAAAUGCCAAGGAUAUUAUCGAGUCUACAACGGAAACUGAUCAAAAUUUAAUGGAUAUUGAAGAGAUUAAAAAGGAAUACAAUGCGAGAACAUUACGUGACAAAAAUGGAGCCUAUCCAAUAUGGUUACAUCCCCGUAAGAUAAAGAAAUCAAAGAAAAAGAAUAACAAGGGCAAAAAAAAGCACUCCUAAGCACCACAAGGUUGUAAAUUGUUUCUAAUUAUUUAAAAUAAAGGUUUUAAAACUAU